AUGCGCGCGACAGCAAUUCUUUCCCACCGGCUUUCUACACGACGAUACACCCGAAGACGCCGAGGUGCUGACGAUGAUGGCUACAGUUUCGUGAAGACCCUGACGGGUAAGACCAUUACCCUUGAGGUCGAGUCCUCGGACACGAUCGACAAUGUCAAGUCCAAGAUCCAGGACAAGGAGGGUAUCCCCCCCGACCAGCAGCGCUUGAUCUUUGCCGGCAAGCAGCUCGAGGACGGCCGCACCCUUUCCGACUACAACAUUCAGAAGGAGUCCACCCUCCACCUGGUUCUCCGUCUCCGUGGUGGUAUCAUCGAGCCCUCGCUCAAGGCUCUUGCCUCUAAGUUCAACUGCGACAAGAUGAUCUGCCGCAAGUGCUACGCUCGCCUCCCUCCCCGUGCGACCAACUGCCGUAAGCGCAAGUGUGGUCACACCAACCAGCUCCGCCCCAAGAAGAAGCUCAAAUAG